CUAGCCACAUAAUACAUCAAUUACACUCCACUUGUACUACAAAGUACAAACUCACCAAAACAGUGCCACUACAACAUGCAAGCCUCUCACUGCCUCACCAACCACCACCACAGCUUCAAAUGGGCCCACUCCGAUCACCACCACAACCGCCGUCAAAAACCCAUUGCCGCCGUGGCUGCACCAAUAAAACCUAAGAAAAAGACCCAUUCAAUGCCCCAAGAAAAAAUAGAAAUAUUCAAGUCACUAGAGAAUUGGGCUACACAAAAUGUGCUACCACUACUUAAACCAGUAGAAAAAUGCUGGCAACCCCAAAACUUUCUGCCGGACCCCACAUUACCGUUUGAUGAUUUCACUGAUCAGGUGAGGGCCCUACGUGAUCGGACGGCUGAGCUUCCCGAUGAGUAUUUUAUAGUGCUGGCUGGUGAUAUGAUCACUGAGGAUGCAUUGCCUACUUAUCAGACUAUGAUUAAUACACUGGACGGUGUUAGAGAUGAGACUGGGGUUAGUGAUAGCCCAUGGGCCUUGUGGACUCGGGCUUGGACUGCUGAGGAAAAUCGGCAUGGUGAUUUACUUAGGAGCUAUUUGUAUUUGUCGGGUCGGGUUGAUAUGCUCCUUAUUGAGAAAACUGUUCAAUACUUGAUUGGAGCUGGCAUGGACCCUGGAACAGAAAACAACCCCUACUUGGGCUUUGUAUACACAUCUUUUCAAGAGCGAGCCACAUUUGUGUCACACGGCAAUACGGCGCGUUUAGCUAAAGAGGGCGGCGAUCCAGUACUAGCGCGCAUCUGUGGAACCAUAGCAUCAGACGAGAAGCGUCACGAGAAUGCUUAUUCUGCGAUCGUUGAUAAGCUACUUGAAGUGGAUCCCACAGGCGCAAUGUUAGCCAUAGCUGAUAUGAUGCGCAAGAAAAUCACAAUGCCGGCCCACCUGAUGUAUGAUGGGAAGGACCCACAUCUGUUUCAACAUUUCUCAGCCGUUGCUCAGAGGAUGGGAGUGUACACAGCUGAUGAUUAUGCGGAUAUUUUGGAGUUUUUGAUCGGACGGUGGAGAUUGGAGAAGCUUGAAGGAAUGACGGAUGAGGGAAGACGUGCACAGGAGUUUGUUUGUGGGUUAGGGCCUAGGAUCAGAAGGCUUCAGGAGCGAGCCGAUGGGAAGGCUAAGAAGAUGAAGCCGCUUAGUGCUAAGUUUAGCUGGAUUUUCAACAGGGAGGUUCAACUGUAAAAUUAAUGGGUUCACACUUUUUUUUCUUUGUUCAUUUAAUUUUCUAUUAAUAUCAGAAUUAAAAGGGAAAGAUGGGCUUCUUUUUCUUUU